CCACAAAAUAUCCCCCCUAUGUUCUGUGGCUCCUGCCGGGUAAAAUUAACCAAAUAGCAGAGAAGUACUUGUCUCUGCAAAUAGCCCCUUUUAUUCUGAUCCAUAGAUAUAGACAGGUUCUGAUCCUUAUCCUGUGGAGUGCUGCUCAGCAGCUCAACUUUCGCAAACAAUGUCCGAUGAAGUGAAACUGGCCCAGGAGGCCCACGCUGGGGAAAAUACGAUUUUUGGCAAAAUCCUGCGAAAGGAAAUUCCCUGCACGUUCAUCUACGAAGACGACCAGUGUGUUGCGUUCGAUGACGUGAACCCCCAGGCUCCUGUUCACUUUCUAGUCAUCCCCAGAAAGCCGAUCGCCCAGCUUUCAAAAGCCGGCGAUUCAGACGAGGGUCUUCUUGGUCACUUACUGAUUGUUGCCAAGAAAAUCGCCGCAACUCGAAAGCUGGACAAGGGAUUUCGAAUCGUUAUUAACGAUGGCUCUGUUGGGGCCCAGUCGGUGUACCAUUUGCACGUUCAUGUCCUGUCUGGCAGGCAAAUGCAGUGGCCACCUGGUUAGGAAUAUUGGGCUUGAAUGCUUACAUGAGUUCGCUUGAAAUACAUUUUAAAUCGCCUGGA